GUGCCGUCGGAGGGGGAUAUUUAACUUGGGACUGAGCAGCGCUCGCUACAGACACACUGACACACACACAGUGUGCCGACGCAAAGGAACGCUCCAGCGCCAAGUCUCUCAGACUCCUGAAGUAGGAGCGACUCAGUAGGAGCUUCUGUGGCAGCUAUCAAAGGCGCAGAGAAGGUUCCCUCGGGAAUCGAACCCGGACAACAACAAAAAAAAAACACCGCUCCGGGUUGUGGAUUGUCCUGUCAUGCAGCGACAGUGGGACCCGGAGCUUUUCUGAGAGGAUUCAGCAUCGCACCGCCCGGCGAAAGGAACUCUGAACUUGCAACGUGUGCUGGCUUUGUGCAGCUGGCAUCGACGCCACAAACCGAUCGCAGAGCCGAGGUGUCUGUGGGAAUACUGCGGCGUUGCGACGUGCAUGUAAAACUGCAGCCAAACUGCAAUUCGGGACCCCAUCUUGUGGAGCGGCGCAUGGCUGUUCGUUCAUAGGCUGAGUUUGCGUCCCAACCGCGGCGCGUUUUUCCUUCAAAGUCCGUGGACAUCAGAGAUGUGCACAUAGACCGACGGCUGGAAUAUCACAAGGGGGCUCACUGCACAGAACGUUUCCUCAGUCCAUGGAUGGUGCACCCCGGGACCUUGUCAAAGCCGUGAGCUUCGGGCGACGUUAAGAGAAGCCACGUUUUUUAAAAGCCGUGCGUAAUAAUACCACCGGCUGAGGCAUCCCUCACUGCCGGGCGCGUGACAUUUCGAACUUGGUGAAGUGCUCUUUUGGACGCCCUCCUCUCGCGGGACGCUGCGGAUCUAUUCUGUCUCUUUAGAAAACACUCCAUUCCAUGCAGCUCUCGCCUCGGCCGCUGUCAUCCAGCGUAGACAGUUCGUCGUGGCUUCGAGUCCCCGGGGUAACCAUGACAACCGAAAGAAACCCAAAGUGAAUCCCAGGGAGCGGGCAGAGGCCGGACACAGCGUCAAUAGAGUUCCCCCCCCCCCCCCCCCCCGUUUUGUUCCGUGCUCAUUUUCUUGUGCAGACCGGACACUUAUUUCGCGAAGCAGGGCACCGCUCGGCGCCGCAGAGUUGCGUCAGCGGGCAAACUGCGCUGCGUGUCAUUCAAACCCGACGUGGUCUAUUAAAAGUAGCCGCCUUGCUGGUGAGUGAACUUCUACCAUUUAUGAAGCCCCGCGCCAGUCCCUGCAGACAACACAGUGACCGGGAAAAGAAUUGAACGCCACCACAACGCGAGAUAAAACCGGUGCGUAAAACAGGAGGAACUAUGGGCCUCUCACAAACGCUGCUCUUUUACGUGCUGGUGUGCGUCCACCUUGGAGUUUCCCAGCAUUACCUUCGCCUCCGUCCAUCGCCCAGCGACCACCUCCCCGUGCCGGACCUCAAGGAGGACCCCGAUCCGGAGUACGACCCCAGGGAGCAGGACUUGGCCGAGAGGACUCUGAGGAAAAAGCUCGGCAGUAACUUUGACCCCAACUUCAUGUCCAUCACCUCGCCCAUGCUGGUGAACCUCUCCGCGUCAGACAAUCAGGUGAAGAUGCAGGGGCCCAUGCCUAACGAGAUUAAAAAGCUGGACCUUACAGAGACCCCCUAUGGAAAGCGGGUGAAAGUGGGCAAGAAAGCCCGCAGGAAAUUUCUGCAGUGGCUGUGGACCUAUACGCACUGCCCCGUGGUGCACACCUGGAAGGAUUUGGGCGUGAGGUUCUGGCCACGUUACAUCAAGGAGGGAAACUGUUUCUCUGAGCGCUCGUGCUCCUUCCCCGAGGGGAUGUCUUGCAAACCCGUCAAGUCAAUCAACAAGAUUUUCCUCCGGUGGUAUUGUCAGGGGUUUCUAAGACAGAAAUACUGUACGUGGAUACAAGUGCAAUACCCGAUCAUCUCAGAGUGCAAGUGUUCGUGCUGAUUUUCUCUAAGGACGUAGUGGAGGUCGAGGGGGAGUGGACUGGAAAUGCGGUUUCUAUUGCACUGUUAACUCUCUACAGAGGUGGGCACCAUAGCAAAUCUAUUUUUUUAUAUAGCAUUUUAAGUGAAAUACCAACAUUGUACAUAUUUAAGAAAAAUGCAGCUAUUUUUUCUAAUUGAACAAGGACCAUAUUUUAUUCUCAACCCUGAAACGUGUUUUUUGGGGGGAACACGAGCACUUCAUAAGGAAGAGCUUUUUUUUGGAUAUUUUUUAUGAGACAUUGAAGAUGCAAUGCAUAUGCUACACCUCUCCAAGAGGUGAACCUUUCUUCAACUGAACAUUGAUGCUGACUGUUAUUUCACUGCAAUGCUGCCUAGAGUUUUUGUAUAAUAUUAAUAUCAAUAAUAAUUAAAUUGUAAAAAAAAAAGUUGAGGUUAAAAAUAUAUAUAAAGGCGUGAACUCAGCUUUUUUUGGAAUACAUAGUAUUGUAGGAAUAAAAAAAUCUGUACGUUUUAUUUAUUAUUUUAACGAUUGUGAGUAUAGAGCAUAAGGAAAGAGAAUAGCAGAGUAUACCAGAAAAAAAUAUGGGAGAUGUCUACUUGAAUAUUUCUAAAAACAAACAAAAAAACCAAUAAAAUCAAUAAAAAAAAUAAAACAUAUCAGUGUACAUGUUAUGUCUACACGUUUUAGCAAUAAAGUCUAUCAUUUCAACGUGUAUUAGUGUCGAGCAAU